UUGCCUUUACAAUGAGGAGGCAAAUAUCUUGUAAUUUGAUAUUCUCCCUCCUUUCCUACUCACCUUCCAAGUGCCACCAAAAGUUUUUUUUUUUUCACUUUAUAAAAUUCUCUUUACUACUAUAACACUGCCAAAUCCCCCCACCAAACUCUUAAAUUUCCCUCCCUUAUAUAAAUAAUUCCUUUUCCUUUCCCAUAACCAUUCAUUCAUUUCCCAAGGGAAAAAAAAAAAGAAUUAGAAAACCUAAAACCCUCCCUUUCAAAUUCCUCUGCUUUUCCCCUGACUAAACUCAAAAUCAAGAAAUGGCCUUAGCUACUACAAACUCCAACAUAUCACCAAGAAAACUAAGGGAUGAUCUUUAUUUUUACUCUUAUCAACAAGACUCAAACAUCCCAUUAGUGAUCUCAGUUCUUGCUUCUCUAAUUGAGAGGAAUUUGGCUAGGAAUGAAAGAAUAGCGAAAAAUUGUACAUGGGCAUUGUCUAAAAAUGUAAGAACAAGAGUAUUUGAUUGCCAUGAAACACCAGACAUGACAAUACAAUCUUAUUUAGAGAGAAUUUUUAGGUACACAAGAGCUGGACCAUCAGUCUAUGUGGUUGCUUAUGUAUAUAUUGAUAGAUUCUGUCAACUCUAUCCUGAGUUCAGAAUUAGUCAAAGAAAUGUACAUAGGCUUCUCAUUACUACUAUCAUGGUUGCUUCCAAGUAUGUUGAAGACAUGAACUAUAGGAAUUCUUAUUUUGCAAGAGUGGGAGGAUUGACAACAAAUGAAAUGAAUAGGUUGGAGAUGGAAUUUUUGUUCUUGAUGGAGUUCAAGUUUCAUGUGAAUGUGAGUGUUUUUGAGAGCUAUUGUUGCCACUUGGAAAGGGAAGUGAGCAUUGGAGGAGGCUAUGAAAUUGAGAGGACAUUAAGGUGUGCUGAGGAAAUCAAAUCAAAACAAAUAGAAGAAAGAAGUUGUACCCAGAUCACUAGAGUUUUGUUGUAACUCAAUUGUCACAAUGGAAGUUUUUCAAUUACAAAUUGUAAAUACUAUGAAAAGGAGUUUUGAAAUUUUUGCUAUGUAACAAAAGCAUAGUAGAAGUUCUCAGAUGUGACAAGUUUUGUUGUUGCUUUCUGCAGUGAAAAGAUAGUUACUUUAAAAUUGAUUAAUGAAGUAUUGUAUAACUAUUUGCUUGAUUUGAA